UUUCUCCCGAACAUUGUUGCAGCAUACUUCCUGGGGUCUCAGCCUGCCGCAAUGCCAGCGGUGCUGUCGAAGUGCAAGUAUUGCCAGCGAGAGAGAGGUUCCAUGACCAAGAGCGGCUUUGAAAUCAAAUGGCGCCGGCCUCAGGGUCGCGAGUGCAACUCGUGUCCGAAUGUGCAGCGGUCUCAUCCGCAAUGGCUGGAGCAGUGCGACAACAACGCCGGAACCUUGUCCAACAGGUUGGAGUCGGACGGCGUCUUCCUUGCAGGCUAUAUGGAGGACGUUGACAGCUGGGAGUCCAAGAGGUCCAAAAAAGAGUACACCCCCUCGGUCAAGAAGACCGUGAGCGCCUACCAGUCCGACGAGUGUGUCUUCGAGUCGGUGGUCGGCUACCUGUGGCCCCUUGCCGUAUACAAGAGGGAGAAGAAGUGCGAGCCGAAACAGAAUAAGCACCAGGUUCAGACCAUCGACGGCCGGAAGUGCGUGAUCCUGGACGCAUCCCACGGCACCCACUUGACCGUGCCAGGGGUGGAAAUAUUCACAAAAAAACGUAAAGUGGGAGUGACUUCGUCUGGUGAGUUCGCGAACAGUGCGGAGGGCUCUACCGACGAGCAGGUGAAGAAAGCAUACAAGGCAGGACAGACAGCUUUAGCGACGAAGGCUCGCCACGACGAGGAUACGGGCGAAGUCAAAGUCAAAUCCGGUAAGUUGGAUGUUGGUGGGGACCCCGAGGGUGAGGAGUCGCUGCUGUUGGACAUUUGGGGGUCGUCGCUUUCCAGGGCCAAGAACGCGCCGAAGGCCGGCGACCAGGCGGAGGACGGGGACACAGAGGACACCCCGUCAAAGCCCCCCAAGAAGAAUGCAGGCAGCAAGCCCGACCUCAAGGACACACCAGCGCAGGAGGACGACGACGGCGAAGUUUCCCUGGGGAGGCCGACUCCAGUGAAGCAGCAGCCCGUGAUCAAGAGGGCAAAGAUUGGCGGGCAGGGCGAGUCAGCGUUGAUGAAGUUAGCAAUUGAUGUUCAAUCUUUCGUCAACGAGAUGUGCACCAUGACUCGAGACGAUCUCCUGGACUGCAGCGGCGGCUGGCCCGUGAAAGCAACCAGGUUUCGCGCGAAGGCCAGGAUCUUGCAGUUGAAGUACGACAGCAAAAUCGAAAGCCUCAAGGGAGAGGAGGCUCUCAUGUCGACGUCAACCUGGCGGGACGCUUGCAAGACCAACGACUCAUUGGGAAUUCUGUGUGCGCUGCUAGACUCGAUGUUUCCACCGGACCCGGAUGCUAAAUCGUCAUUCCUGCUGUCCUCGGCGAUCGAGGCUUUGGCGAAAGUGCGCGAGGGCUAUAAGCUCGAGAAGCACUGGGACGUCUUGUGCUUCAUCUUGCAUUGCCAGUUCACCAUGACCACCGAUACAUACGUGGCCGUCGCUUCGGCUUGCAGUAGGCUGGCCGCGGACAGCGGCUACGAGCCGAACUUGGCGAAGUUGGUGACUUUCUCAGAACCCUUCGGUGGCAUUGGCGAACAUCUCGACGACAUUCGCGCGAAGGUGUUCAGCGCCUGGGCGAUCGGAUUCUUGCAGAUGACGUUGCCUGCCGACGCGAAGGCCGACGACGUCGCCCCUCUGUUGGCCCCGGCGGUUGCGUUUGUCAAGGCAUGGGCAGAGAAGGUGUCCGUCGCCGACUCCGGCGGCGAACGCGCGACCAAGUUCGAGGGCGGGGUGUCUUCCGUCGUCCUUUUCAACCCGGGCGAUGUUAACCAGGAGAAGGUUGACGAGUGGACUUCGGCAUUGGAGGAUCUGACCGCCGAGAAGAAGUCUUCCGUCGCCAAGUCGAUCACGCAGCCUCCCUCGAGGGAGAAAGGGAAUGCAUUGCAGACGAUGGGCAAUUACCUACGCGCUCGCAUCCUCUUGGCGACAUCGGCUUGGAACGCCGAUAAAGGGUACUUGAUCGACCUGGAAGGCGUUGACUCGGCUCUCGCUCACAUGCGCCUUCCGAGCAAGGUCCUCAUCGUCGCAGCCCUCUCCCAGAACAAGGAUUUUGCGACGAGGAACUCGUCCACUGGGUUCCAGACGAAGCACGGUGCGAUGAUCAAGAAAUGCAACGACCAAUUCGAGGCCUAUUGCACCAGGGCCGUCGAGGGGCUAUGCGAGAGGGCGUCCAAAGAGUUCAGGAUGGGUGAUCUGGAGAAGACCUUUGUCGAGUUUGCCACCAAAGUCCACGAGGAGAAGCCCCAGCAGGCGAUGGUUGACCUGUGCAAGGGGUGCGCCACUGUUGCAUUCGUGCCACCUACCAUUGCCAUGGACAAGAUGUUCUUUGACGACACGAUCAAGACGUGCCACUCCACUGGAGCCUGGCUGUCAGCAGUCUUUGAGAAGCUCAUGGACGCGCUGCCCUCCCUCCACACAGCGUUUGCUUCGGACGAUGUCGGCGUAGCCACUGAGGCCAUUCACUCAGGCUGCAUGGGGCUCCUCAGCGUCUUGUGGCCUAGCGGCGGCAAUGCCGACGGACAGGCGCUGGCGCAGAAAUUCCCAGCGGUCGCUGUCGUCGCCGGUUCCAUCGAGAAGCGCGUCUUGGAGCUACUUGCGCCGAAGUGCACGGCCCUCGUGACAGCAGGGGCCGAGCUGAAGAUCGCGACGGAGGUGGCCCCGGUAAUCUCCCAGACGAAAGCCGAGGAGUUGCAGGCGGCGUUGUUCGACGCCGAUAAAUCGCCUUCUAGCUUGGCCAGGCUGGGCUCCCUGAUGCGGCUGAAGGAGGUGGCCGUCGGCAAGGAUAAGCUCGUUCACUACGCCACCCCGCUGAUGAUUCAAUAUUGCAUUUCAUGGCACGUCGCGGCCGCCGCAACCCACGCAGAUAUUGUCGAGAAGGUGUUGGCGGAGUGCAAGGUCACUGCAAACGCCAUCAAGCACGGCGUCGAGUUUGGUUUCGCCGACGUGUUCCAGCAGCACCUCGAGCAUCGCGCCAAGGCGUUGCAAGAGAGUUGCACCGGCGCACUGGCCCAGCAGUUCGGCGUCCUCUCGGGCGCAUUCCUGGAGUGCUCGGCGCUCGCCGACAAGGUCGCCCUCCCCGAGACCGCUGGCAUGACGGAGAAGAAGGCGCAGGCGUUUCUUCAAGAUGGGUCUGUUGUUUCUCUGCAUGCCUGCGUCUCCGAGGUCAAGAAGAGCUACGCUCUGUUCGCACGGCUGUGCGAUUCGAUCGACACGGAGGUGGCCCCCAUGCUGGAGGGCUACUCGGCAGGAUCUGGCGCUCGCGUGUGCGAGGCCAUUGGCUUGCAGAAAGCCCAGGCCCUUGCACUUGAGCAGAAAACCGGCGCCGCGGUCGGGCGUCGCCUUGGUGACAUUUCGCCCUUGCAGGUCCUUUUCUUUUCGCCAGAGGAUGCGAAGGCAUCUCUGGCUGCUCGGCUCGUGGCGUCUUUCGCUGCGAGCCCGAAGGUCGUCGGCGGCCUGUCGACUACGUGCUGCAAGAUGUCAGCCAGCGAUGGCCUCUUGAAGUUGCUCACCCAAGCGACUGAGCAGCCAAAGGCUGCGAAGCCGGUCCAGGAACAGUGA